AUGAAAUUUUCUACAGAAUACCCAUAUCAGCCACCUCUAAUGAAAUUUUUAACAAGCAUGUGGCAUCCUAAUAUUUAUAUUGAUGGGAAUAUUUGUAUUUCAAUUUUACAUGCCCCUGGUGAUGAUGAACGAUCGGGAGAAAAAGCCUGUGAAAGAUGGAGUGCUGCACAAAAUGUUCGUACUAUUCUCUUAUCAAUCAUAUCAAUGUUAAGUGAACCCAACACUUUUUCGCCAGCAAAUUUAGACGCGUCUGUUGAAUAUCGAAAAUGGAAAGAAGAAGGUAAUCCAGCCUACGUCGAUCAUGUUAAACAAUUAGUUGAAUUAAGUCAACAAACAGCCGAAGAAGAAAAAGUCAAGAUUCCCACCACGAUUGAAGAGUACACAAAUCAAUUGAAUAACAUAAAACAGAGCUCAAUGACAUCAUCCAUCGAUGAUUUCAUCGAAGAAAUAAACGAUGAAGAUGAUGAUUCGCAAGUAAAUUGUGAAAUAUAUGAAGAGAAGACAAAAAGUCCAACGAGUAAUUUAAUAACCGUUUUUAAAUCAACAAAUUCCGAAACUACUAAACUGAAUAAUCAUAAAUAA